UUUACGUUAGGCUGCCGCUCCGGUUUCCUGGCGGAGAAGAUGGCGGCUCCUGGACCAGGGGAGUAUUUUAGCGUCGGGAGCCAUGUCUCUUGUCUCACCUGCUUGGGCCAGCGUCUGCAAGGAGAGGUGGUGGCUUUCGAUUAUCAGUCCAAGAUGUUGACUCUGAAAUGUGCUCCCUCCAGUGGAAAGCCUAACCUCAACGACGUCAUCCUGAUCAAUUUAGCCUAUGUUUCUGAAGUGGACAUAAUACGUGACCGCACUGAAACUCCUCCUCCUCUAGCAUCACUGAAUGUUAGCAAGCUUGCCAAUCGAGCACGGUCAGAGAAGGAGGACAAGUUGUCCCAAGCUUAUGCAAUCAGUGCUGGGGUUUCUUUGGAGGGCCAGCAGCUAUUCCAGACUAUUCACAAAACUAUCAAAGACUGUAAAUGGCAGGAGAAGAAUAUAAUUGUGAUGGACGAUGUCGUAAUCACACCGCCUUACCAGGCUGAUAACUGCAAAGGCAAAGAAGGAAGCGCUUUAAGUCAUGUACGCAAAAUAGUUGAGAAACAUUUUAGAGAUGUGGAAAGUCAGAAGUCCAUGCCACGUUCACAAGCACAGCAAACACAGAAGGACUCCACUUUAUCUUCUUGAGUCGGCGCAGGGGAGUAUGGGUCGGGCCAGCCAGGAAAGGCAGCACUGCAGCGGCCAGGCGGGCGGCCCAGUGGGCAGUUUAUCCUCACUGCCGGACGAGGUUGCCAUUCCUAGCCCAUGGUGUCAGAGACCAGGAAGAACUGGCGCUGAGGAGCCCUGGGUCCAGAAGAUCAAAAAACCAUUUAUGAAAAUGAUGACAAAAAAAGAGAGGAAAAGAGUUAAUCUUAAAUUAGACUUUAUAAAAAUAAUUUAAAACAUGAACCAUAAAGCAACCAUAGUUUUCCUAAACUAACUUCAUUGUCUCAUUCAUUCUUCCCUCCCCUUCACCUAUUCAUCCUUUCAUUCAUCAUCCCUCCUUCCUUUCUUCCCAGUGGCUUUUCUUCUCUACUUCCCUUCCUUUGCCUUCAAUUUCAUUUCAAAAAGAGAAAAAUAGAGCAGUCAGAAAAGCUUAUAAGCUUUAUUUUCUGUCAUUGUUUUCUUUUUUUGCUGUAUCCAUGUUCUACAAGUGUCUGUUUUUCUGUAUUUUAAACAAAAUGUGACUUGAAAUGCCACACUUUAAAGACAUUUUCUAAAAUAAAAGUAGUAAAAAUUCUGACUGUAAUACUGUAAUUUUGAUAGCUUUUUCAGAACAAGGAAAAUAUCUACAUUUUGAAAUAUCCAAAAGGCAAAUAAUAGAUUUCUUGUUGGUAGGGAUUUUGUUUUUACAAACCUGUGGGUUAUGGAAGAUUGUAGAAUGUCACAUUCUUGGUAUAAGACAGGUCACAGUAGGCCUAGACUUGUGAAACCUGAUCAACCACUGGAACCUGUUUGACUCACAUUUGCUUUAACAUGAAGGGAAAUAAUGUGUACAAUCACAAGAUUUUUUUUCCACAAGUUGCAGUAGGCUAAUGUUUAAUCUUGACUUUUCUCCAUGCUCAUGGUCAUACCUGGCAUCCCAGUGGGACACUUAACCACUUUCCUGCUAUCCAGUUAACUAAUUCGUUAGUGGUAUUUGUGCCAUAUUAGGAUAAACGGCCUAUCACAUAUGAGCUAUGUUCAAGUGGCCAAUCCCAUAAUUUGCCUAAAACACAAUUCGAAUAUCUGGUGGUCUUCGGUGUACUGUAGUGUUAUUGAAUACUUGUUUUUCAAGGGUGGUCCUGUCCAUGUGUAAUUGUAUUUCUAUACUACA